UUGAACACACUAUCAGCUUAUCGGAUGAGAUGCACGUAACUGUUCAUGUUGUCCGCAAAACAAUUUGGACGAAAAGCCAACCUGGAAAGGAGGAUACACCUUUCAGCACCGUUAUGCAGAGCAGUGAUGCAUUUGUAAUAUAAAUGGAUGACAAAAAUGAGGAGUGACAGAUUGAAAAUUGUUUUCAUGUUGUGUCUUGCUUUCGUCACAACAGGAGGACAACAUUUUGAAAGUAAAGUGGCCCAGUUACUCCAAGACGAAACGGAGGAUAUUAAAUGUUUUGUGGAGGGAAAGGAUCUCACAUGCUUUUGGGAAGAGGAGGAAGAGAAGAAUAAUUUACACGAUCAAUAUACCUUCACGUAUUCAUACGAGAAUAAGAACAAGAUGCCUUGUGCGGUUUCAUCUCUGUCUUUACUGGCCAGUAACAAAACCAUCUUCUUCUGCAAACUGUCCAAACCCCCAUUCUUCGCGACUCUUAAUGUGCAGGUUCUUCGUGAUGGCCGGAUGCUCUACAGUCGUAGCCUAAAUGCUGAGAAUUUCCUGUUUCUAGAUCCUCCCCGAAACCUCACGGUCCUGAGCUCAGGGAAGGAAGGGCAGUUGAACGUGAGCUGGCUGCCUCCUCCGCUCAAAUACAUGGAUGACAGUAUGAUAUACGAGGUCAGAUACGCAGUGGAGGGAAGUAACAUGGGCAAGGUGGAGGUCAUAAAGGUCAGCACAAUGCUGGUUUUGCUUGGCUUACAGUCCGAUACCAGAUACAAGGUGUGGGUCCGUGUCAAACCUGAUGGAGUUUCCUACAAAGGCUACUGGAGUGCUUGGACCGAGCCUGUGUUUGGAGUUACGCCGCCAAGCGACAUGGAUCCACUGAUCGUGUUACUGGUUCUUUUCAUCGGACUGAUCCUCUGCCUGCUGUCUCUGACUGUGUUUCUGUCUCAGCACAAGUUUCUUCUUAAGAAACUCUGGCCUGACAUCCCGACACCAGAGCACAAGUUUCCAGGUCUUUUUACUGUCUACAAAGGGGAUUUUAAGGAGUGGAUGAGCCAAAAUAAUGGCAGCAUGUGGGGCAGAUCAGUCCAUGUGUACACAGAGGAGCUUGCUUCACCGCUGGAGGUUUUAUCCGAGGUUUCCCUGACCAGCCACGGCACGUCCCAGAGAGAGGAGAGGAAACCUCCGGAGGAGGAAGAGGAGAAAGAGAGCGAGCGUUCGGACUCGGGGUUAACGGACAGAUGGCGAGAACCUCCUCAAGCUCACUGGCUCAUGGAGCAACUGAAGGCUCUUCAAGAAAACCCCGAAUCUCGUUCCCAGUCAUCGUUACUGCAGUCACACGACACCUACGUCACCCUCAAUCAAGGAGACAACGAGCGGCAGGCGGACGAUGUCUUUGAGGAGACGUUACCGCUCCAGACACUCUUCACCACCGCAGGAACGUCGUCCUUGAGCACCUCACGCUCCGACCUCGGCUCCCUGCAGCAGAGCUCGGGUUCGGGCAGACUGUCGUCGCAAUCCAGCUUUGAGUAUCCCAACCACACCUGGCCCCCCAAAGGGCCGGGGUACGCCUACAUGGCGGUCGCAGACUCAGGGGUCUCUAUGGACUACAGCCCGAUGAGCUCCAGCAGGAUCGCAGAGCUCGGGAGACACAGGAUGUACACAAAUGAUUACAAAAAUGAGAUUUUUCCCCACAAGUGGCCAUUCUCUGGUCAAUACAUUAAAUCUGGAUCAGAGUCAUGCGCGGGUCCCGUUUGGUAAACCCGCAAUACCUAGAGAUAGUCCAAUCAAAAAUGAAUACUCCUUCAUUAUUUGCUUACCUUCAUGUCAUCAAACCUGUAUGACUUUCUUUCUUCUGUGGAACAUAAAAGAAGAUAUUUUGAAGAAUAUCUGACUUCCUUUUUCUUUUCAUCUAUACAAUAGAAGUAAAAAAUAACCAAUAUGUACAGGACGUGAUCUGGAUACUACUACUACGACUACAAAUUCACAUCAGGAUCUUACUGGUUUCUGUUUGAGACAUGACGUUUAAGGACACUAAUAUGAAAACACUAGGAUCUUUCAGAUAUAAAAACAAACUCCAUCAGAUAAAAUAAGCUAACAUUUUAGCAUUACUAUGGCAGCUGUUGAUGAAACAUUUUUGUACAGUAUACCACUAAAAUACCAGUGGAGAUUUUUCUUUUUUUUGGUCUUUAAUUACAACUACAUUUAUUGGUGGCACUUUUUUUUGUAGUGAGAAAAAUUGAAUAAGUUGGAUAAUUGUUUUUUUAAGCCUCUUUGUGGAAAGUGCCUGAUGGCAGGUCAUAUAUCAUUAUGUUUUGGGGUUUCCCCAAGUCUGAAUCUGUCUUGUAAAUUGUACAUAAUAUAUUUUUUAAAUGUAAAUAACAGUUUUCUAUUCUGUUUUUGUGGUUUAAGUAAAUAUGUAUCUUUCAGAUCUGUAAAACAUUAAAGCCUAGAGGAGAAAGUCAGACUCAACAACCAUUAGGCAUCUUCAUAGGCUCCUUCAUGUAUGAAGGAUAAUUCAUCCAUCCCUUUUUAGUUCUUCUGGUGCAUUCUGGGAAUGCUUGUAUGGUUGAUUUGGAACAGGCCAUUUCUCUUAAAGUCACCAUGACAUUAUUGACAUUUGCAAUUCAUUUUUCUUUCAUAAGUGACAUUUCUGAGUGAAACAGAAUUUUCUAACACAACAUGUAGGGAGACCUGAUUAGAUCGAGAACAGUGGGCGUUUCAUACAAGCGUUUGCGGUUGAUUAUGGAGGACUACACCCUUCCUAAAACACCACUAGUACCCAAUAGUUGAAACUUAACCUACCUGUACUUUGGUGACAUUAACUGAAAAAGAAAGUCAUUUUUACUUUUAGUUCUGUACUCAUGAAUCAUUCGCAAUAAUGUGUUUGUAUGGUCAAAUUACUGUUCAGAAACCUCCAGCAUCAGUUUUACUUUAGUUUGUCAGCUUUCUUUAUGUGUUCUGUAUUCUGUAAUCCGUAAGGUUAAACCAAAUGUGUUGAAUUUGUGAACAACUUUGAGUUAGCCAAGGUAAAUUGGCAAUACCAUUUUUAGUAUAGAAACUUGCAAAAAGGAUAUGUAUGUUUCUGACACAUUUCUUUGUAAUGUAGUCCUGUCUAUCCAAUGGAGUGUUUUAUUUCAUAAUUGCAUUGGUAAUAAGAUUGAAAACGUAUGAAUUAAUCAGUUUCUAAAUAACUAUUUGUGUUUCUUUCUAUCAACAAUAAAGCUCCUAUUUUGUUCUAAAA